AUGACUGGAGUGGUGUGUUCACCGGUGCAGCGACGUGUUUUUACGCGUUCAUCGGCUUCGACAUAAUAGCGACAACCGGCGAAGAGGCGACAAACCCAAAGAGAAGCAUCCCCCUCGCUAUAGUCUCUUCACUGAUCAUAAUACUCAUCGCUUACGUCACCAGCAGUAUGAUGCUGACACUGAUUGUUCCAUACGACGAGGUAGCCCAAGAUUCAGCGCUGGUGAAAAUGUUCGGUCAAGUUGGAGCUUACAAGUGCAAAUAUAUCGUGGCAGUUGGUGCUUUGGCUGGCUUGACGGUUUCUAUGUUUGGCAGCAUGUUCCCCAUGCCUAGGAUAGUUUAUGCCAUGGCCCAGGAUGGCCUUAUAUUCAGGAGUCUGAGCCAAGUGUGGCCAGCAACAGGUACCCCGGCUAUAGCAACACUGACUUCUGGUAUGUGUGCAGCAUUAGCUGCACUGUUCAUUCAGUUAGAGGUGUUAGUAGAGAUGAUGUCUAUUGGUACCCUAUUAGCUUACACCCUGGUAUCUACUUGUGUACUGAUUCUACGCUAUCAACCUCAUACUACGAACCUGGUAGAGUUACUACCGCAAAGUUUAAGAACCCCAUGCCGGUCACCGACUAAGGACAAUCAGGGAAAUGGUCAGGUGACCUAUGGAAAAGAGCUGAAACCUGAUCAGCUGACCACUGCUUUGAAUUCUGUCCAGGCUACACAGUCGGAGCUCACUGCAGCAAAUAGUGGCCAACGUAUUAUGGUGAGACGAGUAAGAAGAUGCAAUAGUUCUUCACCAGACUCAGAUGAUACAUAUGGUGCAGAGGAGGAUGAAGUUGGUCUGGGUAAAGAUGAUCAGUAUUUAGUUAGUGAUAGAACUGAGAAUAAAUUCUAUGGUAGUGUACAUGCAGCUGCAGCUGCAUCCAGUUGUGGCAGUGCACACCAAUACCCAGGAAAUACCCCAAUAAUAGGGCCACCUUUGAAUUACCUCCAACGUCGAUUACAGGCAGCACAGUAUCUCUGUCCUGCUAUCUUCCCUUGGGUGGACAGAGGUCCAGCUACGGAAGCAUCAGGUCGCUACGUAAUGAAAUUAGUGAUUGUGCUGUAUUUGUUGAUCGUUAUCCUCGAUUUAAUUAUAGUUUGCGGCAUGGGGAACAUGGGAACAUUUACCACGAUAGUAAUGUUCGUCUUUCUCUUUGCCAUAAUUGGAGUAUUGCUUGCCAUCAGUAGAAAGCCACAAAAUAGGAAUAGCUUGGUGUUCAUGACACCAGGACUGCCAUUCGUACCUGCGAUUGCCGUUACCGUCAACAUAUACCUCAUCUUCAAGCUGAGCAUCCUGAUUCUCGUCAGAUUAGUUGUGUGGAUGAUUCUCGGUUCACUCAUGUACUUCUACUAUGGCAUCAAGCAUAGUAGCUUGGAAGAGGGAAACACCUCGGAGAACGUAGAGGAGACAGUGUCGGCCGGGAACAUCGAGUUGACAGUGACAGACAUGCAGAAACAGCAGAAACAGCAGAAGCAGCCAAAACAGCAGCAACAGCAGCAGCCACAGCAUCCGGCGUCACAUGCGACAACCGAUCGUAGCAUCUACGAGGGCCAGCAGCUGGAUGCAUUUGGACAGCCGGUGUUCGGCAGCACGAACUUCGGUGGGACACCAAGCCAGAGGCCGGUAACCACUGGCCAAUCAUCGCUAUUCGUUGACCAGGAGAGCUUCCCCACUUGGGACGAUUGAGCAACUUCCGGCGCCGUUAUAAAUAUAUAUAUUUGAAAAUAUCAAGAUAAAUUAUUGUGCGAGCCUGACUGGCGUCGAGCGUUCACCGGCGUAAAAAAA